AUGGAACCUCAACAAACCCAACAACAACCAAAUGAAGAUGGCAGCAACAAAGGGACUAGUAGUGGUACUAAUUUUCUGUGCAGGCAAAGCAGUACAAGGUGGACACCCACAAGUGAUCAGAUUAGAAUAUUGAAGGACCUUUACUACAACAAUGGUGUGAGGUCCCCAAGUGCAGAGCAGAUUCAGAGGAUCUCUGCUCGGCUGAGACAGUACGGCAAGAUUGAAGGCAAGAACGUUUUCUAUUGGUUUCAGAACCACAAGGCUCGUGAGAGGCAGAAGAAAAGGUUCAUUGAUGUACCAGCCCCACCCAUCAUGCAAAGAUCAGGGCUUGGGAUUAAUAAUAAUAAUGCUCCUACUGCUUAUGAACCCAUUAAUCACAGCAACAAGUACCCCAACAGUUCUGCUUCCGCUGGGGUUUCUGCUUCUUCAGCUGGUGUGAUUGCUGUUGGGCAAAUGGGGAGCUAUGGCUAUGGAUCUAUGACCAUGGAGAAGAGUUUUAGGGACUGCUCAAUAUCAGCUGCAGGAGGUACUAGUAGUGGUCAUGUUGGUGGAUCUAAUAAUAAUAUUGGUCACAACUUUGGAUCAUGGGUUGGUGUUGAUCCAUAUUCUUCACCCUACACUCUCUUUGACAAGAGAUCAUCAUCAAGACAAGUGUUUGGUGACCAAGAAAAUACGAUGGAUGAAGAAGAUCAUGAAUACCAAGAAAACCUGCAAGCUUCCCCAGAGAUUGAGACCCUCCCUCUCUUCCCCAUGCAUGGUGAAGACAUCCAUGGCUUUGGCAACAUCAAGUCCACCUCCGACGGCUACUACUCCGGCUGGUACCGCUCCGACGACGGCAACAAUGGCCGCACUUCCCUUGAGCUCAGCCUCAAUUCCUACGGCCACAUGACCCCUGAUUAUUUCAGAUCAUAUUAA